AGCAAACGCCAAAGGAUUUGAGGAAUAACGGUUAGAAUCGAACCAAGUGCCCCUUCUCCAAUUCCUGCCAUGGCCCUGCACUUCUUUUUGGAUUCUAUGUAUAUGUAUAAUAUGACAGGCCACUGGCCGAGAGCAAGCGAGAGGGAGAGAGCCCCACGCAACACGCGCUCUCCGCCCGCCAAACAUCGUCUUCCGUCUUCGUCCCUGUUUCCGGCGACCUAACCUGAAGAACAAUGCAGAUUCACUCUCAUCGCAUUCCCCUCCACACUCCCAUCCCCAGACGCUUCUCCGAUCGCUCGUUUCCCUUCCUCAGUCCCCCUCCUCUCUGCUCCCGCCCUCCUCGUUGCCCGACUGCUCGAGUCUUGUCGAGCUCCCGCUUCUUGGAGGCGAAGCGCGCUCGGGAUCGGCUCGCUACUGCUUGCGUUAGCCCCAGCCAUGAGAUCGCCGAGGGCGAAGCUGAGACGUCCGCUGGGAGUGAUGACGCUGUUCCCCUGUCGCCGUCGUUUGGUGAGGAGGCGGAGGCGAAGAGGAGUGGGUUGUCGGACCAGAGUUUGUGGGGUCAAAUGAAGGAGAUUAUGGUGUUCGCGGGCCCAGCGACUGGUUUAUGGAUUUGUGGGCCUUUGAUGAGUCUAAUUGAUACUGCCGUCAUCGGUCAGGGAAGCUCGAUUGAGCUCGCUGCGCUAGGUCCUGGAACAGUGCUUUGCGAUUAUACCAGCUACGUGUUCAUGUUCCUCUCAAUUGCUACCUCGAAUAUGGUAGCUACUUCUCUGGCGAAACAGGAUAAAGACGGGGUGCAACAUCAAAUAUCAAUCUUGCUCUUUGUUGGAUUGACUUGUGGCUUCUUGAUGCUCCUCUUCACGAUAUUCUUUGGUCCUUGGGCAUUAGCUGCUUUUGCUGGGCCAAAGAAUAUGCAUAUUGUCCCUGCAGCAAAUACUUAUGCUCAGAUUCGAGGCUUAGCAUGGCCAGCAGUUCUCGUUGGUUGGGUUGCUCAAAGUGCAAGCCUUGGCAUGAAAGAUUCAUGGGGACCCCUGAAGGCUCUGGCCGCCGCCAGUGCCAUAAAUGGAAUUGGUGAUAUCAUCCUCUGCAGCGUGUUAGGUUAUGGCAUUGCUGGUGCCGCAUGGGCAACAAUGGCUUCACAAGUUGUUGCAGGUUAUAUGAUGAUGGCUGCUCUAAACAAGAAAGGAUACAAUGCGUUUGCAAUCUCUGUACCAUCAGCUGAUGAACUUUUGUCAAUAUUUGUGCUUGCUGCUCCCGUGUUCAUUACUAUGAUCUCAAAGGUGGCCUUUUAUACACUUCUUACAUACUUUGCUACAUCUAUGGGCACAAUUACUGUGGCCGCUCAUCAGGUAAUGGUUCAAACACUUUGCAUGUGUACAGUAUGGGGUGAGCCUUUAUCUCAAACCGCACAAUCAUUUAUGCCUGAGCUAAUAUAUGGAAUCAAUCGGAGUCUGGAAAAGGCUCGAACAUUGCUGAAGUCUCUUGUGAUCAUUGGCGGCAUUCUCGGAAUCAUUUUGGGAAGCAUUGGAACUUUUGUGCCUUGGCAGUUUCCUUACAUCUUUACACCCGAUCAAAAUGUCAUAAAAGAGAUGCACAAGGUGUUAAUUCCAUUCUACAUGGCAUUAGCCGUCACACCACCCACACACAGCCUCGAGGGUACAUUGCUGGCUGGGAGAGAUCUUAGAUUUAUCAGUGCAUCCAUGAGCGUAUGCUUUACUCUGGGCGCACUUCUGCUGUUGCUCGUAAGCAGUAAAGGGUUGGGUUUGGCAGGAUGUUGGUAUGCACUAUCGGGAUUUCAAUGGGCUCGGUUCUUUCUCGCCCUGCGGCGCCUUACUUCUCCCAACAGUGUACUGUACACGGAAGAUCUGAGCCAUUAUAAACUGCACAAGCUAAAAGCUACUUAGCUUAUAAAUCAUUCAAUGAGGCAUGUGCUCAGUAUUAAUACUUGUCGGAUGGUCUGGAUAAAGGUGCCACCAAGUGACUUCUCGCGCUUCUCAGCCAUCUAAUCCACCAUAUGCAUGGUAAGUGGUUAAUCCGUUUCCUCACAUUGGGUUAGGGUUAUUCCAUUCUUUGUGCCUCGAAGAGGCCAAGAGCAUUAAGCAAGGCAGUUUCUUAAAGCUCUUUUUUGCUUCUUCUACCAAAAAAUGGGGUCCGUCUGCAUCUUAAUGUAACUGUAUCGUAAUAGGAUAGACAAUAGGAUUACCCUAUUGGAGGUGAUACGACUGAGGCUACUUCUCUUUUAAUAGUAGAAGCUAUUUAUUCAAA